ACUACUUGCUUACAUACAGCAGUACACAUGUGACUCAGCGUUUGCGAGGCGUGAAAGUGAAGGGAAAAUGGCGGAUCGCAAGCAGAUAGUUUUGCCCACAAUUAGCUCGCUGACUAACGUCCCAACGGGACUGAAGUAUCUGACACUGCCGGAGGGGAUACUGGAGAUCAUCGAAGUGGCAUGCUUGAUGAUUGCCUUCGUCUGUGUGACUGCCGCUCCCAAUAAAUCCCCCGAUGAGUCUUCCUAUUGGCACUACCAGGCAGCAACUAUGGGCUUCGGUCUGGUGACUGUACUCAUCAUGAUUGGAUACAUGACGGGAGUGGUGCACAAGAUCAAAAUACCAUGGAGUGUCCUGGAGAUUGUAUACUGCGCUGCAGCUGGUCUUCUUAUACUCACCACCGGUGCUCACAUUGCAGCCAACACAUUUGGGAACGCUGCCCUCAUUGUAGCUACUGUCUUUGGCUUCAUCGCAGCUCUUGCGUACAUCAUUCAGAUCUUCUUUGCUAUCCGUGCGUGGAAGAGGAGCAUCAUUGCUGAUACGUUGAGGAUGGUAGAGGCCGAGAGAGCUCAGCAUACAGGCGCAACGACCGAUAACAGCGUCUAGGACACUCACAGGUUGGCCAGAAUCAAGCAUCAAAAACCAGAAUUGUAGCUUAGCCCAUCACAAGUCAAAUCAC